ACAGAGGCGUCUGGCCCCCAACCAUAAGCCUAGCCUUAUGCGCUAGAGUUUCGUUUCGCCACAGCGGACAUGGAAUGUCCAGCUGUGGCCGUCGCCCCAACGUGGCGUAGUACCUCGUGGGUUUCGCGCCGACUGUGGUAAGCCCGUCUUUUUACUAUGCUUUGUGGCCUCUUCUUCACCAUCAUGUGUCCAAUCGGUACCAACCUAUUAAACAACAGAAAUGUAAAAAAUAGAGAACAGUACCUACUCGUAUUGAAGAGGGUGUACACAGACUCGUAUCUCAACGAGACGAAGGAGCGUAUAAAAAGUGACAGUAACACUGGCAAGAAGAACAAAAACAUCGGCAGCAACUCAACGAAGAAUGACGACGACAUCAACGCUUACAAAGAGCAAGUAAACAACGACGACACUGCUUCAGAAACAUCUCAGAUGACGAAGGUGAAAGUGACAACGAUGAUCAGCAACAAAAGCCACAAUAUACAAUUAUCAACACCACUAUCAAGCAAGUGCUCCGAUCUGAUCUAGACAAGGCCGCGAAGACAGCGUUUCAUGAAAGAUGUUCGAGCAUUGUCACACAGUACACUGAUUUCCAAGCCGAUCGUGGUAUCAUAAUCGAUCUUGCUAUGCAUGAAGUAGUAUAGAAGAUACGAUUACUAACUAGACAUGGAUCAUCAUGUAUGUUGCCCGACGUCUGGUCAUCCUUUGUUCCAUUACUUUCACACUAAUGGUGAGUUAUAUCUUAAGUCUCUUCCACACUCUCCACCGGUAUACAUUGUCUAUUAGCCUGCCAACUGAUGUGUACUAAUUUAUUCUUUUCCUCUAUGUUGGCCUUUCCUUGCCCUCUCAUUCUCCUUAUUUCGCACACCCUUUUCUUUAUCGUCAAUUAUUCUUGUGUACACUCCAAAACUUGUAAUUUAUCUCU